AUGUUUCCAGGGAUCUGUCUUGUCUUGUCUGAUCUGUCUCUGUGUCUCAAACGCGGAAACCAGAGAGAGCGUGAUCGUCAAAGAGCUCAAGCAAGAGGUAAUCACAAACCUAAGCAACCUAAGAACGAUGGAUUAACACCUGAACAACGACGCGAAAGAGACGCUAGAGCAUUGCAAGAGAAAGCGGCGAGAAAGGCAGGACAAUCAAUGGGAGGAGGGAACCAUGACCAUUUCCUUAGCGUUGGAGCUAAAAUCAAGAAAUAA